UCUUGUCUUGCGUGCGGCGUCAAAAAUCAAAUCAAAUUAUAAAGUUGUCAAAAUUUUGUGUUCCCAUUUUGAUCUUUCGGUGUAUUAUUCUAGAUACAAAAAGUGUAAACAUAGAUUACUGUUUUGUUAUUAAUGUUAGCACAUUAUUUAUGCAUCGUAUGCUGCAUAUAACUUGUAAAUAUGUACUUUACAUCUGCUAGUUCACGACUGUUCUUGUACGAUAUUAACAGUUGGGAUUUGAAAAAGUCCUAUGGGUGCUACAACGGUGUCCUGAGAGAUGUAUCUUGGAGUGACGACGGAAAAUACAUUUUGCAGGUUAACUCCAAAGGCUUAAUAGAAAUAUUGAGUUCGGCUGAACAUGAUGUGCGUAGUCUACAACACAUACCCUUAAAGGACACCUGGUCAGCCAGCUUCCAUCGAGACGGACACCGGAACAUAGCUAUAGGAACAAGAAAUGGAAAUGUUAUGAUAUGGGACACAAAAAACAAAACAAUAACAAAAUCAUUCCCAACACCUUCACAACAGUCUAGUGUAAACUAUAUAAGUUAUAAUUCCAAGAAUAGUAGUCUGGCAGCAUCAAUGCAGAAUGGAGAGACAGUUAUAUAUGGUCUAGUUUCUAAUAUACCAGUACUAACUGUAAAACUAUCAUGUUCAAGAAGUAUAUCAGCUAUGAAGUUUCAUCAUGAAUCGCGGUCCCUCCUUGGACUAGCUACUGAUGAAGGUCAUGUAGUAUUACGUGAUAUAACCACUAACAAAGAUAAAGUAUUCUUUGAAAAUGUUCAUGCAUCUCCUGUCAGUGAUUUCACAUUUUCUCUUGUUAACAAGGAUGUCUUAUUAUCCAGUGGGUAUGACAAGAUUUUACAUGUUUACGAUAUAAGAUUACAAAAUGUUGUAUCUACAAUACGCACCUCCUAUACUUUAACAUCCCUGGCUAUAAAUUCAGAUAAUCUAGCGGCGUUAGGUACAAAGAAUGGACUGGUUUUGAUUUAUGAUUUGAGAGACUUAACUAAACCACUCAAUGUUUUGAAAGGACAUGAGGAAGAGGUUCGAAGAGUUGCCUUCCAGCCUGCACGUAAGAAAGCUUUUUCCGCAGAUAUUAGUCUUCGUGAGGACAAUGAGGUUACAUCACCUCAAAUUGUUCAAUCACCAGUAAAAACAAGAACAUCUGAUAUGUUUUUUCUUAGUAAUACACCACCAAAAAUAGAGUUAGAAGUGUCAGGCCAAGGAGCGGAUACUAAAGCAGAUUCAUUUUUAGUUAUGAUGGGUCUUGAUAAGUCAAAUUUUGAAUUUGAUGAGGAUGGGAACAAAUCAGCAGAUCUUGAUCAUCGGAAAAGUGAAAAACAUGAAUUGAGAUAUCACCAAUUAGAUGCUGAGAAAAACAUAACUAAAAUUUCAACCCCACUCAACAGUAAGGCUGCUGAAAAUCUUGGAUUCUCAUCACCCAUUGAUAUCACCAAUGGCGUACCAGAUGAUGGGUGUGGCUCAAAUAUGAAUUUUAUGAAAACAAAACCAAGUUGUAACAUAGCUGAGUAUAACAAUAAUUUAGAUACAAAAACAGUUGAAGAGCUAAAGGACUUUGUAAAAUUGACACUCUCCGAUGUGGCGGAUGACAACAGAAACUAUUUCCUCCAUAUCAUGAUGGCUCUAACGAAACAAAAACUAUUUUAUGAAAAACAGUUUUGUGAAAUGAAUAAACAGAUAAAAAAUUUGGUACAAAAUCAAAAUGCACUAGUUGAUAUAAAUAGGAAACUUUCUUUAGACUUAGAACUAAUGAAGGAGAGAAUGAAUACUUUAUAGUUUAGAUUUAGUACCUGAAGCUGAAUCUCUAAGGCACCAUCCAUAAGUUUUGUUGCAGCUUAUGUUAUGUUAGCAGUUGAAGGUGUCACAAAGGUUGUCUAAAAAGUCGUGUUGUCCUAGAUUUCGCGACGCACCCUCCCAAUAGGCAUCUAGUGAUAUCAUGUUUCAAUUUUAAUAUUAAAACAUGAUAUAUUAAUUAUUAAAAUAAAAUAUGGGAUUAAAAUUAUUGUACUGUUGACGAAAUUUAUGGAUGACCCCUAAUACAGUGGAAUCUGUUUAUUAUGACGCCACUUAUUAUAAUUUAUACUGCAGUGUGAAGUUUGGUUUCAUAUAUACAAUAUUUUUUCUCCUUGUGAACCCCUCUUAUGACCUACUUUUUAAAAUAUGUCAUAUUUAUUUAUAAAUUGCAGUCUCGCUAUUUUUGUUGCUCCUUUGUUAUACCUGUUCAAAAGAAGAAUAAUAAUAAUACAUAUAAUUGUUAUUCCAUUUUUAAUAUUUAUGUUGAGUCUCACUUCAGAUUUUGUAAUUAUAGAUGGAUAAAAUUGUUUAAUUUUCUGUUAACUAAACUAUGUGACAAAAAUUCAAAGAUUUAUUUAUUUUUUGUGACUGUACACUGUAUGAUUCCCGCUUAAUAUGAUGUGUUGGUCCUUCUAUAUCAUUUUAAGUGGAUUCUGCUGUAUUACAAUGUUAUUUAAGUUGCUUGUUAAAAUUGUUGAUAUGAACAAAGCAUAUGUAAAUUUUACAACGUUAUAUUUAUUGACUAUAUACAUUGAUGAAGUUAAUCUGGACAUUAAUAAGUUA